AUGGUUCAGCCCAUUAAUUUGAUUUUUAAAUAUUUACAAAAUAAAACAAGAGUUCAAAUAUGGUUAUAUGAACAAGUAGAUUUAAGAAUUGAAGGACAAAUUAUUGGAUUUGAUGAAUUUAUGAAUUUGGUUCUUGAUGAUGCUGAAGAAAUAAAUGUCAAGAAAAAGUCUAGAAAAUCACUAGGAAGAAUCUUGUUGAAAGGUGAUAAUAUUACUCUAAUUCAGAGUGCUACUUAA